GUCUGGUCGUUGCUUCCAAAGUCCAGAUUUUUGUAGUUCUUCCUCCUCGUUACCUAGAAACUAGGAACCCUUCCAUCUGGGUGGAGUCUAUUUGGUAAAGAGAAAUGGUGAGAGGAAAGACUCAAAUGAGGCGCAUAGAGAACGCUACAAGCAGGCAAGUCACCUUCUCUAAGCGGAGAAAUGGACUGCUGAAGAAGGCUUUUGAACUAUCAGUUCUUUGUGAUGCUGAGGUCGCCGUUAUCGUCUUCUCUCCUAGAGGGAAGCUCUAUGAAUUUGGAAGCUCAAGCGUGCAGGAGACAAUUGAACGUUAUCAGAGGCAUGUGAAAGAAAGCAACACAAACAAUCAGACAAUGGAACUGACCGUGGAGCAACUGAAGGGCGAAGCAGCUAGCAUGAUAAAGAAGAUAGAGCUUCUUGAAGUUUCAAAACGAAAGCUACUAGGAGAAUGUUUGGGAUCGUGCACUAUUGAAGAACUGCAACAAAUCGAACAACAGUUAGAGAGGAGUGUAAGCACCAUCCGAGCUAGAAAGAAUCAGGUUUUCAGAGAACAGAUUGAGCAACUAAAACAAAAGGAGAAGCUACUGACAGCUGAAAAUGCAAGGCUGUCUAACAAGUGUGGCGUCCAGCCAUGGCGAGUACUCUCAAGGGAACAGAGAGAGAGCAGUUCAAUUUCGGAUGUGGAGACCGAAUUGUUCAUUGGACUACCAGAAACAAGAACAAGGCGCCUCCCCUAAGAAACUAGUGGUGAACGCCAUCUUAUUGUGAGACCUUCCUUCUCAUAUUCAUAAAUAUUCUUAGACUUUAACUGUAUUGCAUUUGCGCAAGCAACAACCACGGCAAUAUUAUUAUUCUAAGAGCAAUUUAUAUGCUGUCUGUUAAUAAAGCUACCAGCUUACCAUGAAGGAGAUUAACUAAAAUUGUAAUCUGAUAUAUAUUUAUUGCAUAUCAUUAUACUUUCUCUGUGCA